UGGCUGGGACGAAGAUAAGCACAUUGAGUGGGCUCAGCGCUGCUUGCUGACAAUUUCAAACACCCCAGCUGGGAAUGGUGCAACACUCAUGUGACUGAGGCUCUCUAUAUAGUUUUGCUCACAGUCAUCUUUUUAUUCUUGUCAAAGAAAAAGAAAAAGAAGAUAAAAGAGGACAUGUCUAAGAUUUGUAAGGGACUCGCAGGACUGUCUGCUUGCUGGUGUCUUUUGACACUUGUUCAUUGUUCGUCUGAAACUGAUGCAGCCUACAUAUGCAACGCCAAUCAGUUUAAGUGCGGAAAUGGGAGGUGCAUCACCCGCAGGUGGAUUUGUGAUGGAAGUGAUGAUUGUGGUGAUGGAACUGAUGAGCUGCCUGCUAGCUGUGGAGUCUGUCGGGAUUCACAGUUCAGCUGUGGCGAUCCCAUGAGCCAGUGCAUACCAAAAGACUGGCAAUGUGACGGCAAAGCCGACUGUACUAACGGCGCUGAUGAGAAAAACUGCACGGCCAGGACGUGUGACGAUCAUGAGUUUCGUUGUGCCAGUGGCCGGUGCAUACCUCAAAUCUUUGUUUGCGACAGCGAAAACGACUGCUCAGAUGGCUCAGAUGAGGCGUCCUGUUCCAACCACAACUGUAACCCUCACUACUUCCAGUGCAACAGCUCAAUGUGCGUGCCAAUGGUGUGGCGCUGCGAUGGAGACAGAGACUGCGAUGAUGGGUCUGAUGAGUGGCCCGAGAACUGUGAGGGAAGGAAGCCAGAGAAGAAAACACGCUGCCAAACUAAUGAGUUCCAGUGUACAAAUGGGGACUGUAUCCAUGGCAACUGGAAGUGUGACGGAGGGUUCGAUUGCCUGGAUCGUUCGGACGAGGCUAACUGCACUCAUUCUACUUGCCGCUCAGAUGAGUUCCAGUGUAAGGACGGCUCCUGCAUUAACAAAAGCCUCCAAUGUAAUGGACAUCAUGACUGCAGGGACUUCACUGAUGAGAUUGAAUGUGAUACAGUAUGUGAAGGCCCAAACAAGUUCCAGUGUCGCAGUGGGGAGUUCAUCGACAUGGAGAAAGUGUGCAACAAGCAGAACGACUGCAAGGACGGGUCUGAUGAACCAUCGAAAGAGUGCGACAACAAUGAGUGUUUGAGCGGAAAUGGCGGCUGCUCUCACCACUGCAACGAUCUGAAGAUUGGCUACAACUGCUCCUGCCCUGCUGGAUACAGGCUGAAGGCGAAUAACAAAACCUGUGAAGACAUUGACGAAUGUGCUGAGCCGGACACUUGCACUCAGAUCUGCAUCAACUUGCCUGGCAGCUACAAGUGUGAUUGUGGAGAGGGCUAUAUGAUUGACCCUGCGACCAAAACCUGCAAUGCUGAAUCAGGCACAGUGCCCACCUUGUACUUCACCAACAGACGCGAGGUGAGGAAGCUGACAGUGGACCGCAGCGAGUACGUGCGUGUGAUCCCACAGCUGACGAACCCGAUGGCUCUCGACAUGGAUAUGCCAAACAAGAUGAUCUUCUGGUCUGACCUGUCUCUGAAGAAAAUCUACAGCUCUAUGAUAGAUGUGGCUGGCAAUUCCUCUCACCACAGUGUGGUGGUUGACAGUGGGAUAGAGGCCCCAGAGGGCAUUGCGGUGGACUGGAUCCAUGGCAACAUCUACUGGACUGACAGAGUUUUGAAGACUAUUUCUGUAGCAACAACGGAUGGCAGUAAGAGGAAGACCCUGAUCGCAACGGACCUGGACAAGCCACGAGCCAUCACAGUCGAUCCAGUAAACAAUUUGAUGUACUGGACAGACUGGGGUGAAGAAGCUAAGAUUGAGAAGAGUGGGCUGAACGGUGCGGAUCGCACUACUUUAGUAAAAGACAACAUUGUGUGGCCGAAUGGCAUCACCCUGGACAUGGUCAGCCAGCGUCUAUACUGGGUGGACGCCAAGCUGCACUCUCUCUCCAGCAUCGAUGUGAAUGGAGGGGCCCGACACAGUCUCAUUAUUAAUGGGGAAAAACUCUUCCACCCGCUCUCCCUGACCGUCUUUGAGGAGAAAGUAUUUUGGACAGACAUGAGCAAUGCUGCUGUGUUUAGUGCCAACCGCUUGACAGGAAGCGACAUCACCAAGCUGGCAAAGGACCUCGUCCAGCCAAGAGACAUCGUACUGCACCACAAACUCAAGCAGCCAGCCAGUGCAAACUGGUGCACGAAUGGAGGUUGUGAGUUCCUGUGCCUACCUGCCCCUCAGAACGACCCACAGUCUCCCAGAUACACCUGUGCCUGUCCUGAUGGCAUGGUCCUGGGACCGGACAUGAAGAAAUGCGUGGCAGACAACAAUGAGUGUUUGACCGGAAAUGGCGGCUGCUCUCACCACUGCAACGAUCUGAAGAUUGGCUACAACUGCUCCUGCCCUGCUGGAUACAGGCUGAAGGCGGACAACAAAACCUGCGAAGACAUUGACGAAUGUGCUGAGCCGGACACUUGCACUCAGAUCUGCAUCAACUUGCCUGGCAGCUACAAGUGUGAUUGUGGAGAGGGCUAUAUGAUUGACCCUGCGACCAAAACCUGCAAGGCUGAAUCAGGCACAGUGCCCACCUUGUACUUCACCAACAGACACGAGGUGAGGAAGCUGACAGUGGACCGCAGCGAUUACGUGCGUGUGAUCCCACAGCUGAAGAACGCAGUGGCUCUCGACAUGGAUAUGCCAAACAAGAUGAUCUUCUGGUCUGACCUGUCUCUGAAGAAAAUCUACAGCUCUGUGAUAGAUGUGGCUGGCAAUUCCUCUCACCACAGUGUGGUGGUUGACAGUGGGAUAGAGGCCCCAGAGGGCAUUGCGGUGGACUGGAUCCAUGGCAACAUCUACUGGACUGACAGUGUUUUGAAGACUAUUUCUGUAGCAACAACGGAUGGCAGUAAGAGGAAGACCCUGAUCGCAACGGACCUGGACAAGCCACGAGCCAUCACAGUCGAUCCAGUAAACAAUUUGAUGUACUGGACAGACUGGGGUGAAGAAGCUAAGAUUGAGAAGAGUGGGCUGAACGGUGCGGAUCGCACUACUUUAGUAAAAGACAACAUUGUGUGGCCGAAUGGCAUCACCCUGGACAUGGUCAACCAGCGUCUAUACUGGGUGGACUCCAAGCUGCACUCUCUCUCCAGCAUCGAUGUGAAUGGAGGGGCCCGACACAGUCUCAUUAUUAAUGAGGAAAAACUCUCCCACCCGCUCUCCCUGACCGUCUUUGAGGAGAAAGUGUUUUGGACAGACUUGAGCAAUGCUGCUGUGUUUAGUGCCAACCGCUUGACAGGAAGCGACAUCACCGAGCUAGCAAAGGACCUCGUCCAGCCAGAAGACAUCGUACUGCACCACGAACUCAAGCAGCCAGCCAGUUCAAACUGGUGCACUAAUGGAGGUUGUGAGUUCCUGUGCCUACCUGCCCCUCAGAACGACCCACAGUCUCCCAGAUACACCUGUGCCUGUCCUGAUGGCAUGGUCCUGGGACCGGACAUGAAGAAAUGCGUGGCAGAAAGCACAGCUGCGCCUCCCAAAACUGCUGCUCCGCUCCCACCAAAAGGUCCCACAAAUCCUGCUACACCCAGGCAGCCAGACCCGACCACCACAACUACAACCACCAAGAAACCCACAACUACCUCUGCUGUGCAGCCUAGUCAGAAAACAGAGAAGCCUGCCGUCACUGCUCAAGGUGACAGACAAGCAGCCGUGCAGCCUGAAGAAGCCCCACCCUCCUCCCACCCUGUUGCUCUCUACGUUGUGUUGCCACUGAUGAUUAUGGCCCUGCUGGUAUUUGGAGCAAUGUACUUCUGGAGACACUGGCAUAGGAAAAACACCAACACCAUCCACUUUGACAACCCCGUGUACCAGAAAACCACCGAGGAUGAGUUGCACAUCUGCAGGAACGGCUCUGACGGCUACGUGUAUCCUGAGCGGCAAAUGCUGAGCAUGGAUGACACAGAUAUGGCUUGACCUGCCAAUGAAGAAAAAAAUAGUUUUAGUUGAAGUGAUGGAAACAAGAACCGCUGCUUAACAACAUCAUUCCCUUCCUCCGUUGACCUCAUUUUGUGGCUUAUGUCUCUGACCUCAGCACUGUGCCGUCCAAGCCUGCAAAAGGGUUGAAAAAAAGGAAACAAUCUUUGAAACUUAGGAAACUAGGACAUAAAGAAGUCCGACCACUAAAUUAUUACUAAAUGAAGGACUAUUGGAUAGUUUCAGUAGAUGAUGUUAUUAGUCCUGGAGCCAUGAUUCUUUUGAUGCUAUCUAUAUUUUUUAGGCAUACUUGCUAAGAUACAGAUUGUUACAACACCUUUGGGUGCCGAUUUACGAGCUUAACUAGAAAAGCCUAAACCAUGUUGUCUUAACACUCCUGUAUGCCUUCCAGCCACACUCUUUUAGGUUAGUGAAGUUUAUGGAUGCACAUACAGUAAAUGCCUUAAUAAUCCCACUCCACUGAUAGUCUUCACAGCAUCAUAUUAUGGCUUGUUAUCCUGCAUACA